ACUUUCCUUAUUUGUCUCGGUGGGGGUUGGACGCUCUUCUUUCGUGCUCGUGCGGGAGAAUUGGAUUGUUUGUUUUGGUUAUCCACAUCCAUAUUUGUAAAUCAUUGCAAAUGUCAGGUGGAAGGUGUAAAGACAGUGCAACGUGCGUUUCCCUGCUGGGAAAAAAGUGAGUGAGUAAAGCAAUGCAGAAUUCGAGUGGAGAUGGUAACGGCCAAGAUUCACAACAUUACUCGCUGAACUUUCCUGUGAAUCCAAGUUCGGAGUUCUACCACAACUUGACAUCCUCAAGUUCGAGUGUGUCCAAUAUACCAGGUCUUCUGAGACUCGCACCAACCUCCCCAAUGGGUAUGCCAGUGGUAUCCAGUGGAAUUCAGACUGUUGCGGGGGCCAGCCAUGGUUAUGUGGUUCCAGGCAGCAACCCCUUGAAAAGAACUGCCCAAGAUGCAGGGUUCUCUGACCAGAGACAGUGUGAGAUGCCAUCAUCUGAUGAUGAUGGCUCCAUAUCGGACAAAUUCUCAAUACCCCAAACAUCAGUGUCGCCGACUGAGGGCCAGCCAAAGAUAUCGGAUGCCUCGCCAGUGGUGAAGAAAACCAAGGGCAGGGUGAAGAUUAAGAUGGAGUUCAUCGACAACAAGCUAAGAAGAUACACUACAUUUUCCAAGAGAAAGACUGGAAUCAUGAAAAAGGCCUACGAGCUAUCCACUCUGACGGGCACCCAGGUGAUGCUCCUCGUGGCCUCAGAGACUGGCCACGUCUACACGUUCGCCACGCGCAAACUGCAGCCCAUGAUCACCUCCGAGGCUGGCAAGGCGCUGAUCCAGACGUGCCUCAACUCGCCGGACCCCUCGGCGUCGGCGCCCGGCACGGGCGAUCAGCGCAUGUCGGCCACCGGCUUCGAGGAGACUGAGCUCUGCUACAACAUCAACGAAGACGAGCAGAAAGAGGAAUACGAGGAGGACGGCGUCGAGGAGGUGGAGGAUGACGAACAGGAGCAGAAGCCCAGUAACGGCUUCUACGGCCACGCGCCGCAGCUGUCGGAGCCGUCGGGAGCCGUGUCGGUGGCGACGGUGAUGCCGGCCGCCGUCAGCCUCACGCCGGUCAGGGCAGUCGGCACGGUGUCCAGUCUGAGCGGCGGCACGAUACCCACCGCUCCCGUGGUGACGGCCAGCAGCGCGCACACGCUGCUCACCACGCAGCUGCUCUCACAGAUCAAACAGAGUCAGCAGCUGGCGCUCCACCUGGCGGCCAGCUCGGCGCAGCAGCCCAGCUCGCUCCACCUGGCGGCCAGCUCGGCGCAGCAGCCCAGCUGCUCGUCCGGGGACGGACCGCGGCUCGUCAGCACGCCGAUGUCGUCCCUGUUCCAAACGUCUCCGGGCCUGCUGCAGUUACCCGAGGGACUGGUCCUCCUCAACAGCCCCUCAACGGUCAUACAGGCUGUAAAACCAGAUCAUGCGGGUGAGCCGCCGAACAGCUCCCAGCCCACCGAUCUCUCCAAGUCUCGCGUCUCCUCGUAAUGUACUCAGCUGCGGGGAUGGAGAUUUGGGGAGAAGACCUCAGGCCGUCGUCUGCCUGCGACUCUCCCUCACACAGUCUUGUGGUCAUGAGAGACGAAUCGGACAUCACUGGAAGGUACGCCCUGGCCUCCCUUCAGACUGUGGUCAGAAGACUGGAGUGGGCUGAACAUUACGGUGGAUACUGGUGACUGGUGUGGACGCGAUGUGUCCAGCUGGCCCGAGGGAGAGUACCGUAAGGUGGGGCUAUUUGAGACAGUGGGGCUAUUUGAGACAGUAUUUAAAAUUGUUAUAAAAUAAAAACCGUUUGAAAUUUAUGCCUAAUUUUUGCUCAGGCGAUUUACUGCUCGAUUCCACACCUUCCUGAGCAAAAAUAUCACAUAAAAAUCAAGCGCUCUUCAUUUUAUUGCGAUUUUAAAUACUGUCUCAAAUAGCCCCACUGUCUCAAAUAGCCCCACUUUACGGUAUCGAUGAUUUGAAGAGAGACUGAGAGGAGUGUAAUGCGAGGUAUUGCCGAAAUGGCGAGUUCAAACCUUGCAUAUCGUACUAGUCACGUCUUUUGUACGUAAUCAAUGUACGAAGUUUGUUGGUUGUUCAUUUGGUUGUACUAAAUUGAAUGGAGAGAAUGAAUAGCGUUAAGUGUUUUCAAAACGCUUCCUGAUUUAUGAUCGGUUUUAACGUAUUUUUGCUUACUUGUUCUGUUAACAAAAGCUAUCGCAAAGCGUUUAGCGCUGAAGUACGGCUUUACAUUGAAAGGACUGAUGACGAUAACUGCUUCCAGUACAGUAUUGCGUGUACCUGGUGAGUAAUAACUUAACCCCCAAUAAUCAGUUAAAGUGAAUGAUGUUUAAUGGGGCUGCCCCAUGGACUUACGACAAAUCAGUCUUUAUUUAUGCAGGGACUCUGUAUACAUCUGGUCAUCUACUAAUCCGACUAGAUAAGUCCUUUUCUACAAGCAGAUCAUGGCUGGCCCAAACCAAAGGUGCAUGUUGCUCAAUAUUCAGCCCUAUAUGAGGCACUGCGUGAACGGCUGCUGUCGUCUCUGUCGCGUUAUACACCGUACCGCUGGCUCAGUUUGCUUUGCUGAGCUGGCCUGUGGCGCCUGUUGUACCUCCCUUGCGGCGCGCGCGCAUGGAGUCUCGUGUAUUGGCCUGGUGCCUGUGCCGCUCGCGAGAGGCGAGUGGGCCGGCUAGCCCUGGGUCCAAUGGGCGUGGUGUGUGUGCCACGUGCCGCGUGUCCCGUGUGGUCUAACCCCGUGUGCCGUGGUGUGAGUGUGCUGAGUGGCAGGCAUCUCUCGCACCCGUCAUUAUGACACUCAUGCACCUAGUUUGUCAGACAGGGCAGAGCCCCAGUGUUGCAACCUGCGUGCGUUGUUACUUUUUGUAAUAAACUGACGUGCUGA